AUGUGUACACCCCGACCUCUGGAGUGCAACAGCAGCAGUAGCAACAACAGCCACAAAAACAGCAGCAACAUUGCGUUUCCAGAACAUUACGCAGAGUCAUACACAUCACCGAAUAAUUGUGACAUGAGCAAUGUAGAUCUGAUUCUAGGAAAUGUUAAAUCGGAGUUCAAACAAGAGUUUAACAUUAAUGCUGAUUAUUUCGAUGACGAUAUUACCAACAACACUUUCAAUGACAACAACAUUGGUUUCAACGGCAUUUACAACAAUUACACUUUCAAAGAUCAAACUGAUUUAUCUUUUUUAGAAUUGAACACGGAGGGCAUUAAUACCUUGAAUACGAAUCUUGCUGACAAAACGAACACCGGUUACAACGCUUGCUACUCGUCAACAAAUUUGGAUUGCAACGAAUUUGAUAGAAACAAAAACAAUGAGAGAUCAGACGGCAGCAACUGCAACAGCCACACGAACGCUAACGCCAGCGUCAAGACUGAAAACGACGUCGACGUCUGGUGGUCUUCCAUUAUUAAUAUCAUUGAUAAAAACAAAUUUCAAAAAGAUAACACUAGCAAUGCCAAUUUCAGUUGUAAAGAAGAAAAGCAAAUUACUGACGCCGUCAACCGCAAAAUCUGUGAAAACAACGCUGUAAAAACAAACAACACAUUUCUGAACGUUCCACACUGCAUGUCAGAUUUUGAAUACGAUGUUGACGAGGGGUACGUUGAUUAUAGUUCCGCUUCCUCGUCCGGAGUUCUCUCCCCUGAUUUAGAUUUUGGUAAAAUUUUAACUUUCAGCUGUAAUAAUAACAACAAAAACAUCAAUAAAAUCAACAACGUUAACAAUUCAGUUGCCUUCCAAAUAAACAACAACCAUUGCACCAAUUUAAAUGUUAAUUCUCAAAAUUCUUCAAACACUUCAAAAUUGAAUUUAACAGCAGAAAGUUACAAAGGUUGUCAAAAUAAGUUCAGUGAUAUAUUUGUCUACGACGACGUGAUAGAUGUAAAACCUGAUUUUGGGCAGAGCGAAAGCAGCAGCAGCAGCAACAACAACGAAAUUUCUCAAAACAGUAUCACCAACACCACUGACAGCAACAAACUUUUUCCUUCAUUGUUCAUCAUUGAACCAUUCGGCCACGAAGGAAGUAACUCGAACACUCUCAAUAAAUGUCUCACGACAGCAUCAAUGGCGGCGUCCACAUCAUCAACAGUUAUUAAUUCUUCACAAGAAACAACACAGCAGUCAGAGUUUUCUGAACGUCAUCAGAUUACUCUGUCAUGUUCUUCGCUGAACGAUUUUGACGAUUGCGGUCUAUUCAGUCUUCCUUCGUCACCAGAACUUACAAACUAUUUAAGCACCAACCAGCCAUCUCUUUCAUUUUCAAAUUGGCCUCAAUACAAUAUUUCUAACGACCAAACUCAAAAAUAUUUCGAGUCCUCUAAUUUUUCUCCUUCAAUAAAUUUUGAUUUAGAAACGGGUUGCUGCUCAAAUUUCAACGAAUAUGAUAAUAACAUGAGUGAAAUUAACGACUAUUUAGAAGAUUUUGAAGAUCAAUCGUUUAACUGCGAUGUGAAAAUUGAAAAAGACUUGUAUCAAAACAACAUCUUUGAUUACAAACGGGUACAAAACGACGACAAAUCAUGGUUCAACUCAAUUGAUUCUGAUACCAAAAUGGAUAUGACUAAUGUGAACGCGGCAAAUAAUUCAAUUAAAAGAAGAGUUUGGUCAGCUAGUUGUCUGAUGCUGAACAGAUCAUCUCCCUUCGCUGCGGCAGACACGCAAAAUGUUCUCGCUGAUAAAACAUCGAGUAUCAGUUCCCCGGCCCAAGCAACAACAAACAACGUCAAAACGGCUGAAAAUAAAAACGAAUCAAGCAGCAUCAGAAACGCAAACAGUUUCCAGAAAACUAAAACUUCAACGUGUUCUAGCAAAGAAGAUCACGUAUACGCGGCGAAACUACCAACUGCAGUCAAAUCGAAAAAACGAUGCUUCCCAAAAACAUUUGAACAGGCCAGCAGCAUUCAGUAUAAGCAACCAAACUUUAACAGCAACAGUAAUAUUGCAGCACUGUCGUCAAUAAAACACAAAACUCAGGCAAAUGACAGCAACAAUUUUAAUAACGCAUUUAAAAAGGAUCAAACACAUUCUCAGAGCACAAGCAGCGUGCUAGAAAUUUUUCUAACAUACAACAAAACGUUAGACCCAAACAAGGGUAGCAGCAUCGUUCUUGCGGAGGAACUCAAAAGACUUGAAAAGUUGUCAACCGUCAAACACGAUCGUCUGCUCGAGAAGUUGUUAACAUCAGAUGUUGCCAAGUGGCAGCCGUGA